UCAAGUCGACCCCUCUUCGAGCCAUCUUACCUCGAACAAACCUUCCACACUACCCCAACACUACCGACAACUGAGUUGUAUCUAUGAGAAACCCCGCUCGUCGAUCGCAACACAGAGAGCAUGAUCCGACAACCAAAACCACCGAACAAGUCCAUUGGCCAAGAUUUCGAACCAGGGAUUUCUUAGAUUGAAGUCUAGUCUCUAGCAACAAUUGAUCACCGGCUGGACACCACGAUGGACCUUUAUAGGAAGCGGGUUGCCCACACUCCUCGGGCUCUGCUUCCACACACGUCAAGUCAGAAUGCAUUUCAAUCCUGUUGCUAUACUCGUCGGGUGGGCAGUCACUCUUAGUGUUGCCGUACCCCUCGACUCUCCUGUCAACCACGAGUUCGUAAUUCCCGCUGUUGAGCAUGCGGACCUUGCUACAAUGGCUGCGAUCACCUUCAACAAUGACCAAGCCCUCAACCUCACAGCGAUGUUCCCUGCGGCUCUGGAAGAGUGCCUCGCUUCAGAAUACCCAGUGAUAUCUUGCUCAAACUGUCCGCGUCGCUAUAAUGCCACAGGAUAUCAGAUACGGGGCAAAACUGUCAAUCAGAUCUGCAGGCAACGCAGAAGACCCAAAAUGUCCUCAUCGAGGCCUUUCAGGACAUUCGAUAAAUACACGUAUCACAAGAUUCGCGAAUGCGGCCAAGUCGUUGAAGGCGUCGACACAGAACCGCUGGAGCACCUUUUCUGGAAGAUCAAUCACCGUUGCCAUAAGAUUUGGCAGAAGGGCACGAACCAGACCUUGUCCGCCGAGGAAACCGCCCAGGCAGACUUCGCCGCGGAAACAGAUCACGCGAGAAGGAUGAAGGCUACAAACGGACUCACUGCAUGGAACGGAAUGACCUUGAUGUCUGACGACGAGAAAAUCAAUACAUCAAUGUUCCCUGAGGCUGUUGUAAGUCGCUUUGGUCAUUCGUGGUGAAUUCACAACUAAUUCGCGUCUUUUCCUAGCAUGGAUGUCUACAAUCUAGGUU